AUGUCGGCUACCAAUCGAUUCGCAAACUGCUCGAUAUCUCAAUGCCAUCGACCAAGCGUACGUGGUGGUGCAUGCCAAAUCUGCGACAGACCAUUCUGUUGUGUACACGACAGGAAAGAGUUUCAUACCUGUCCAUCGCUGUCCGAGAUCAGUGAAGAGGAAUACCAACAGCUCGGAGAGAACGAGGUAUCCGAGCUUCACCAACGAUUGAAUGUAGCCGAAGUGCUCAAGCGAGCAUCGACCCUGAAUGGCGGUCAGAAGUGUCGCUACGAAUCGAGAGACUCGGAUACUACUGGUUUCAUCGUGGGCUGCGCUAACUUCCACGGGCGGAUCAUUUUCGAUGACCAGACUGAGUGGCUCAUCCGUAUCCCUCGCAAAGGAUUCAAUGAAUACCCUCGCCAGCUGAUCGAACAUGUAAUUGCGAGCGAGUUUGCGACUUUGAAAUUCCUGGAAAACACUCAGGUUCCGGCACCGAAAGCCUAUGACUUUGGACUAGCUUCUGACAAGGACAAACGCAUCGGCGUCGACUAUAUCCUCAUGGAGCGGAUAGCCGGACGUCCAUGGGACUAUGGGGAUAAGGACAAACAAAGCGUUCUAGAAUCGGUGGCGGAUAUUCUGAUUGAGCUGUCGAAAUAUCCAUUCGCCCAGGCCGGCUCGUUGGUGAUAGAGCAAGGAGACAUUUGCAUAUCGAAGAUGGCGAGCAACAGAUAUGUACACCUAGAUGCUCAUGGACCUUAUGCGACCGAUAAGGAGUGCCUCCUCGACGUUUGUCAACAAUAUCUUGAUCUGAUCGCUGAUGGCCAGAUCUGCCCAAGGUGGCCCCAAGAAGCUUUUGCCUUCUAUUCGAUUUUUGCAACUCAUGUUGAACAAGUUUUCAAUGGCACCGAGGCUCAAGAAUUCUUCCUGAAGCAUGUCGACGACAAAGGCGAUCAUAUCCUGCUGGACGAGACAGGGAGAGUGACUGGGAUAAUAGACUGGCAAUUCGCUCAAUGUGUGCCAGCUGCUGAAGCGUUUGGACCUUCAUAUGUCACAGCUGACCAAGCACGGCUCCAGUCAGCAGACGCAGGUCUGACCGAGGAUGAUCAGCGGCUGGCAAACAUCUUGAGAGAUAAGGGUUCUGCUUCCUUGGGGAUGAUGAUGGAACGAGACGAGUUGAUGAGGAGGUUCCGGAACGGCAUCUCGGACCUUGACUCGAAGGAAGAGGCUCAGCAUAUCUUGAGAGGACUACUCGCUGUAAUGGAUAGACCACAGCCGGAGGAUAUUGUGGUGUGGGCACUCGAAGUCUGUCGUCAAGAUCAUCGAUGGCCGAGCUUGCUGAGUCUGUCAGGAUAG